AUGAAAAGUGUAUUAGAAAAUAUUGAGAAUGAAAAUAAGUAUAAUAAUGAUAACUUCAGAGAAGAUAAUGACGAGAUAGAUCUCAGAGAAGAUAAUGAUAAUAUAGUUCUCAGAGAAAAUAAUGAUGAUAUAAAUUUCAGAGAGGAUAAUGAUAAUAGUAUUAGUGAAAAAGAUAUAAUUGGAAUAGAUGAAGAUCAUUACGCAGAGAAUAAUAAUAAUAACAAUUGCAAAA